AUGCACGCGGCGCGGGGCGGCCGCUGGUGGUGGUUACCGAGUGGUAGUGCGGGCGGGCACGGGAGCGCAGCAGAGCGCUGCGCAGUCCGCGCGCAGAGUCCGGCGCACGCGCACGCGCCGCAGCGCCCGAGUGAUGUCGCGCUAGCGGCGCGCGCCAUGGUGUAUCCCGAGCCGGCCCGCUGGGGCGCGCCCGACGCCGCGCUCGCGCCCCUCUACGAUGACGUCUACCGAGCGGAUGGUGUGCUGUCGACAGUGAACGUGGUGGAAGCAUUGCAGGAGUUCUGGCAAGUGAAGGCAUCGCGAGGUGGGGGCGCGGCGGGCGGAGGAGGAGCACUCGUCAUCUACGAGUCGGUGCCUGCCGCGCACCCACCGUACGUAUGCUACGUCACGCUGCCCGGCGGCGCGUGCUUCGGCAGCUUUCAGAACUGUCCCACGAAGGCGGAAGCGAGACGUAGUGCAGCAAAAAUAGCAUUGAUGAAUAGCGUGUUCAACGAACAUGAGUCUCGGCGAAUAUCAGAGCAUUUCAUUGAGAAAGCGGUGGCAGAAGCUCGUAACUCCUUCGCUGGCGAUGCAGCUGCCCAUCAUCAGGACCCUAGUGCUGGCAUCGCUGCCUUCAGAUUUAUGUUAGAAGCGAACAAAGGUAGGACGAUGCUGGAGUUCCAGGAGCUAAUGACGGUGUUCCAGUUGUUGCACUGGAACGGUUCGCUGAGAGCGAUGCGCGAGCGGCAGUGUUCGCGGCAGGAAGUCGUAGCUCACUAUUCGGCGCGAGCACUCGAUGACGCGAUGCGCGAACAGAUGGCGCGCGAGUGGGCGGCGAGGGAACGAGACGCCGGCCCCAGUGGCGGCCUGAUCCGAGCAGAACUCGCGCGAGCCGAACGUGAACUUCGCGCGGCCCGUCUCGCAGCACGCGAACUACGCUUCCCGAAAGAAAAGCGCGACAUACUGCUACAAGCAGCGCGUCUCGCUCCACCGCAGCAGCAACAGUGAUCUCACGGCACGCGUCCCUUUGUUGUUUAAGUGUAGUAUACCCCAUUAUUCAUAAUAUAAAAGUUCAGGAGCUCUGCCGUGGGCUUUUCUACGUUGGAGUCAAAACGGAAUGGUGCUAUAGUUCUAUCUCAUUUUGACAUCCAUUUAUGCAAGCUCGCAAUAAGUUCUCCAGUUCUUUGAGUAAGAAAUAUACUAAAUUAUAUUUUUUGAAUAAAAUUCGUCUCCUUAUAUGGUUUGUUUUAUAUGAGUCGGUUAUGUAUAAUGGGGGCAUAGUCCUAGUUAUUUAGUAUUUCAUUUAGACCCCUGAUUCCUUUUUUAGUUGUAGUCACAUUAGUCAUUAAAUGAAAAACUAGGAAUAUGGUCAUACUAGAAUUCUUUUAAAUAUUGUAAACAUUUUGUCACGUCAGUUAUUGUCGUAAUACACUAUAGUGCGAUAUUUCUAGAAUUUUAUUGUCUUAAGUUUAGUUGAAAUAAUAAAUUGUUUGAAAUUAAUAAAUGAUGUUUUGGUAAAAAUGUAAUUGGGUUUUUGU